AUGUACACACACACAGACACAUGUAUACACACACACACACACAGACACACAGACACAUGUACACACAGACAUACAUGUACAUACACACAGACACACGUACAAGUGUACAUGCGCACACACACACCCAUAAAAAGUUGCAGUACUUCAUUGUUCACUCACAUAUCCGGGUACUGCACUCUAGGGGGAGGCAGAGAGCACAGCACACACUCCUUCCUUUGCUUUCACUGCACUCAGCUAUUGAGCAGUCUGAUGGCUCCCAGUGCCAAUGACAGAUCCGGCCUAAGCUCCCAGCCUGCUCAGCAAGACGGCCCUGGGGGACACACUCACCCCACCAUAAUUUCCACUCGCCAUUGGUGAGUAGGCGAGUGGAAAUUCCAAGCCCUGUGCUAAUG